AUGGCCGGUGGUGCUGCUGCGUUGGUCAUCCUCCUGGGCUUCGGGCUGGCCUCCGGGCUUCAGGUGCUGGACUCGGAGGACCCCGAGGGGAGCCCGUCCGCGUUCGAGGCCAAGGUGGAGGACCCGAAGCUCUGGACGGCCACGGGGCCCGCCGCGGGCGACCCGAAGCUUCAGGGCCUCUACGGCAAGCGCUUCCAGAUCCACCGCCCGGGCGACUUCAGCCUCCUGAGUGUGCCCAACGCCAAGAAGAAGCACGGCAUUCUGUUGGAGAUUGGGGCCGAGGUGAAGGAGAUGGAGAUCGGGGACCCGUGCCUGCUGUUCAUCAAGAAGAUCACGGUUUCGGGUUCGUGGCUGGGCGGGGAGACUUUGAAGGUGCACGCGCCGGGGGUCGGCGCCGACUUCGCCCUGAGGGUGGACGCGAAGAAGCACGAGGGCGCCUGGAGGCCGUUCAAGAACAUGACCGGUUGGGAGGAGGUCCUCCACAAGGACGAGGGCAGCGGCAUGAUCACCAGCGUCAAGGGCGUGAUCGGCAGGCGCGAGGGCCAUGCCGAGGACAUCAAGGGCCCGUUCGAGCACCGCUUCCUGAUCCGUGUGGCCAAGGAGAGCCAGAAGGACAAGAGGUUCACCAUCGACGUCUCGCUGCCCAAGCCCGGGCGCCAGUUCCUGUGCGUCAAGGUGGAGCACGCGAAGGGCCUCGGGAGUGAGUUCAACAAGAACAUCGAGGGUCUCCUCGGCCUCGAGAGCCGCGCCCUCGAGCACCCCGCCCUCGCUGUGCGCGACGAGUGCAAGGACUCGGCCACGCCGACCAAGGCCACCGAGCUGCUGGCCCUGUCCGGCGGCCUCUCCCGCGCCUCCGCGCACUGGGAGUGA